AUAUUCGACACUGUGUGCCAACAGAAAUCAGCGAGGGGAUCGAGAGCGGUCUAUAUAGGUCAAGGCAGGUCAGUGUCACUGUGCAGCUUGACCUGAAAUUGACUCUCUGGCCAUGCUGUUAGCGAGAUUUACCGGAUGCACGCGGUCACUGCAGUCUGUCCUCCACAAUCUACCGGCGAUGGCAAGUUCUGGAGAUAGAGGCGUUGCUCAUUCUGCUAAAGAGCGCGUCACCUUCCCGUCGGAGAACAAAGCGGGAAAUGGCGAAGGUGUUCUACAAGGGGACGUAACUCAGUCCAAGAAAGGUCUUAUCGUGCUGCAGGAAUGGUGGGGUUUAAAUGAACAGAUACAGGAAGAAGCUGCGGAGAUCGGUAAACUGGGAAACUUCGUGACGCUGGUGCCGGAUUUGUACCGAGGAAAAGUGACAACUGACGCCGAGGAGGCGGGGCAUUUUAUGGGUAACCUUGAUUGGCAGGGAGCCGUUAAGGACAUUCAGGGCGCCGCAAAGUUCUUGCUAUCCAGAGGUUGCUUAAAAGUGGGCGUGACCGGAUUCUGUAUGGGCGGGGCCUUGAGCCUCGCUUCCGCAGCGCUGGUGCCAGAAGUGAGCGCCGCUGCUCCUUUUUACGGCAUCCCCGAUCCGAAGCUUGCAGACGUGUCCAAAAUAAAGAUUCCGAUCCAAUGUCAUUUUGGUGAAAAGGACGACAUUGUUGGCUUCUCGUCUCCGAAGGAUUACGAGGCCUUACGGAAAAAGCUGCAGGAUGGGAAGGUCGCGUUUGAAUUCUAUACCUAUCCUACCGGUCAUGCUUUCACCAAUCCUACUAACCCGAAUUAUAAGAAGGACCUUUGCGAAACCGCUUUCAAGCGUGUGGUGGAAUUCAUGAACAAGAAUCUGAACUGAACAAACUUUCUGCCAUUUCUUACAGUAGGUGAUAAUGUGCGUGGCAUUGUAUCUUCAACAAACACCUCUACAUGUAUGAUCAGUUUUCCCUUACGAUAACCAAGACGUCUCUCUCCCCAAUAUAUGUUAGCCACGAAACAUGUGCGGAAGACUAAAUAAGUAACAUCGAAAUGAUCAGUUGAAAAACAUUGAUGUCCGUAAAAAUCAGCGAAUAUCUUGCACUUGAAUAAGCGUAAUUCGUGUGAUUUUUGUUUUUUGUUUG